GUUAAAAAAAAAACAAAAUAUUACUUCAUCACGUCAGUUUCAUCAUGCUAUAGCCAUUACGCCCACUCUUCAUCAUUACUCCCCACAGUUACACUUUUUUCACUUCAAAAAGGCUCGUCCUUUUCCUCGUCUGAUGCUGUUAAAACCAUAAAAUAAUCCAAAGGGUUUUUUGUGUUAUGCAAUGGAGAAUAUGAUGGAGGAUGAUUUAAAAUUAACGGAGUUAAAGAAAGAAACCAUACGGGAGUCAUUUGAUCAAGCACAUUCACAAGCAAAUUCCAUUCUUUUAUUUACUCUCCAAUGGAAAGAUAUAGAGGAACAACUAGAACUUGCUCAUAAUUCUUUGCUAAAGAAGUUUCAAGAACUUGAAUCCAGGGAGGAAAAAUUAGCGGAAAAGACUCGAGUUCUUGAACAGCGUGAUCAUGAGGUUGAGGUUAAGUUACAAAGGGUGAAAGAAGGGUUAGAUGGGAUUCAAGUAAAGGAGCAACAGUUGGGUGCAGGUAAUGGGUUGAUUGCGAAGUGUAAUUUGGCGCUUAAUUCGAAGGAAAUGAUUUUGAGUUCAGCGAGAAAAGAGGUCGAGGAUUGUAAUGACAUGCUUGAAUUGAAGAAGGAGCAACUGGGGUCUUUGUGGAUGGAGAUUGAAGGGUGUAAUAUGGACCUGAGUGCGAAAAACGAGCAAUUGGGUGUGGCUCGAAAAUCUGUAAAAGAAUGUAAUUUGGAGCUCGAGGCAAAGAAGACGGAAUUGGGGCUGUGUAAAACAAGGAUUGAAGAGUGUUGCAGGGAUUUUACUGUGAAAUAUGAAAUGUUGGAGAAAGUGCAGGAGAAACUUCAAGUAUGUUCGAAGGAGGUUGAAAAGGUGAAAUAUUUGGCUGCAGAUUGUAACAAUGAACUUGAGCUGAAACAGAAGGAAUUGGGUAUGGUGAAGAGUUCGAUCCGGAAUUGCAGUGCUGAGCUUGAGUCAAAAGAGAAACAGUUGGAAGUGCUGCAGGAUUUGACUGUGAAAUGUUCCGGUGAUCUUAAAUUGAAAAGGAGCAAACUGAGUGGAAUUGAUGAGUGUCUGAAGAAGCUUGAUUUGAGAGAGAAGGAACUUCUUGGAACUCAUAGAAUGAUUGAGGAAUGCUCUAAAGAGAUUAAUUUGAAAGAGAAAGAAUUGAAUAACAUCCAGAAAUUGAUUGAGGAGAGGUCUAAAGAUCUAAUUUUAAAACAGGAACGUCUUGGUUCAAUCCAAGUGUUGAUUGAAGAGAACAUUGAAGAACUUGAAGUGAAAGAAAAACAAUAUGAUACAAUGAAGAAAUCUGUUGAUAAAAUCUCUUUAGAACUCCCAUUGAAAGAGAAAGAACUGGAGUUGGUUGAACAAUCCAUUAGAACGAAAUCGACAAAGCUUCGGUCAAUAGGGAAUAGAAUAAAUUUGAAGGAGAUGGAAUUGAGUAAAGUCCACAAAUUGAUCGAGGACAGAUCAAACGAUCUUGAGCUAAAAGAAAAGCACCUUGAUUCUAUCCAAGUGUUGAUUAGAAAGAAUACCGAAGAACUUGAAGCAAAAGAGGAGCAGUGCAAUGAAAUGAAGAGGUCUGUCAAGUCAGAAGAGAAUAAAUUAAAUUUGAAAGGGACAGAACUGGGUAGAAUCCAGAUACUGAUUGAUGAGAGCUUAAAAUAUUUCAAUCUGAACGAGAACAAGCUUGAUUCAAUUAAAUCUUUGAUCGGGGAGAACACUAAAGGACUUGAAAUAAAAGAGAAGCAGCAUGAUGCAUUGAAUAAAGCUAUCUGCGAGUGCGCUGAAAAGCUAAAAGUUAAAGAGAGAGAACUGAAGUUGAUUGAAGAGGCUAUUAGAAAGCAAUCAUCUAGGCUUCAGUUAGAACAGAAGAAAUUCCAUUAUCUUAGAAUUUAUGCAAAGCGGUAUGAAAUAAACUUUAAACGAAACACAAAAGGCUUGAAUUUAGUCAAGAGAAAAAUGAAAGCAUAUUGGGGUGAUCUCAAGCUGAAAGAGAAAGAAUUAAAUGCUAUUCAAGAAUCAGCUAGAGAAAAAAAUGAACAACUUCAGUUGAAGGAGAAGCUUUUACAAUCAAUCCAAAGGUCAAUUGCGGAAUACUCUGAAGAGCUUGAGACAAAAACUAAGAACCUUGAUUUGGUGGAGAAAUCUUUGCAAAAAUCCUCUGAUAAUUUUUCCUCAAAAGUAGCAGAACUGGAUUCAAUGAAACGAAUUUGUGAUUUAAGCAAAGAGCUUGAAGAAAAGGAAAACUCUUGUGAUUUACUCAAAACAAGAUUGGAAGAGUGCUUGGAUAAGCUUGAAAUGAAAGAGAGACAGUUUGAAGAACACAUGGAGGAGUGUAAAUUAAAAGAAAAGGAAAAUUAUCUUGAUACAAUGCAAAAAUCAGUUGAAGAAUGGUGUAAUCAAGUGGAAUUGACAGAGAAACAAGUUAGUACCGAUUUUCAUUCACAGGGAAUGAAUGCCCAACCGGAGAAUUUGAAGGCUAACAACUGCAUUAAUUCCUUGAUUGAGGGUUUGCAGUGUGAAAAGACAGUUAAUGGAAAAAAAUUGCAGUUGUUCUUGAAUGAGCAUUUGACAAAACAUGAUUUGAUUCACCAUGAAGUCUUCACUACCAUUCAGAAGUCACCAGACCCAGGAAAGCUGGUACUAGAUGCUAUGCAAGGGUUUUAUUCCCCGUGUUUGGAGAAGAGGGAUAUGGAGUUUGACUCGAGGGUUGUUAGGAGGAGUUGUAAUGCUUUGUUAGAGCAAUUGUUGAAAAUAUCACCAUCCAUUAAGCCAGAGAUACAAGAAGAGGCAAUGAAGCUGGCUAGUGAAUGGAAGUUGAGGAUAAAGCCAGAGCCUGAGAGCACUCUGGAGGUAUUGUGUUUUUUAACACUUGUGGCUGCAUUUGGUUUGGCUUCUGCUUUUGCUGCUGAUGAACUCCGAAGUCUUCUUGAUGCUGUUUCCCAUCAUAGGCAGGCUCCUAAAUUGCGCGAAGCUCUUAGAAUUGCGGAGAGUUUACCUGGGAAUCACAUUUGUUCUUCACAUGUAAAUCUUGAGCAAACAGAGCAAGCCAAUGAUCUAGUGCACUGUUCAUCAGCAAAUUGGCAGUAUGGUGCCACAAUUGAUGAUAGGAAUUCACAAUUGAUGCUGGAUGAUGACAUGAAUGGAGAUGAUUUGAACCCACAUGAAAUUUUAGCUGCCCUAAAGAUUACGCCGGAUCCUGCAAAAUUUGUUUUGGGAGUGAUGCAAUCAUGGUAUUCUCAGCAUUGGAAAAAUAGUGGUACAACACUUGAUACAAAUCUUCUCAGAAGUAAGAUCCUAUUAAUCACCCAACUGAUGAAACUCUCGCCGACAAUAAGUCCUCUGGUGAAAUCAGAAGCUUUGAAAUUCUCAGUUUCUUGGAAAGCAAAUAUAAGAACGGACCCUGAUAAUUCAUUGGAAGUUUGGGCCUUUUUGUUGUUUUUAGCUGUGUAUGGAUUUGUUUCUUUUUUUAGCGUUGACGAGGUCUUGAGGUUUCUUUUAGUUGUUGCACAUCACAGACGGGCGCCUGAAAUAAGUCACAUCCUCGGUUUCACAGCUAAGGUACCUGUUUCUGACCUUAUUCAGUAUUUUGUUCUAAAGAAGCAAUAUAUAGGGGCUAUUAGAUUUAGUCAUGCAUAUGGGCUCACCGAUAAGUUUCCACUGGAAGUCAUCCUGAAACAGUAUCUGGAGUAUACAAGAAUGUGGACCAGAAUCUCCAUGGAUGGUGGAAAGGAUUUGCUAAAAUACCAGGAUAAAGAAUUAGGUGCUCUUAGAUCCAUACUAAAUUGCAUAGCAGAAUACAAGCUUGAAUCCAGAAUUGCACCUUGGGACAUAUUUGUUCGCAUUGUCGAGCUAGAGAAGCAAAAGGCUAGCAUUGUGCACUCUUCGUUAUCGUCACUGGCUCCCGCAACACUUCAGCAGCAAUACGACCAGAAUUUAAGGCAUGAGUUGCCAAUGCAGGGUAACAAUAAGCGUCCUAGGGUAGAUGUAUCUGUCGAUAGACCUUACUCGUCCCAACUUCCUAUCAACGAGGUCAUCAGCCUUAACGAAUGACUGCUGUAGCUUUGCUAACUCAUUUAUCUCAAUGGAGAGUGCAAAGUAGAGGGUUAGAGCAUAAAAUGCUUCAUGGGUAGUAAGUAGUUUAGGAGUAGAGGUUUCUUUAGGGUUUACAUAAUAUCCUACUACUUUGAAAAAGAAAAAUGUUAAGUAAGAAGUGUAGAGAAUUUCUUGUAUAUAAAUCCAUCAACCUUAAGCUUAAAUCUACCACUGUACUAUUAAAAGUCUUUGAUCAGUAGUAACCCUUCUUUUGCUGCUUA